AUGUAUUGGAUUUUCAACCCCAGUCCUUAUACAAGGGAAGAAUUGAGAUGUUACAAGGGACUUGAUGCCUACAACCAGUUCGUGUCAGGGUUUGUCAGUGAUGUCGGCAGCUGUAUCAUCAAUGACAAAAGUGUUGUGACAGCCAAGGUUCUACACUCCCAGCGACUGAAUGAAAAACCACUCCGGCCCUGGAUAAUCGCAGAGAGAGAUGGUCCUAUUAUAGCGGGACAUUGUACAUGUAUGGCUGGACUCGGUGAAACCUGCACCCAUGUUGCUUCCCUGUUGUUCUGCAUUGAAGCAGUUGUUAAGCUACGCGAGAGUCGUACAGUGACAGAGGUGCCUGCUUAAAUUGGAAGUUACCACGUACAU